CUUCGUGGGCAUGCUGCUCAUCGGCUUCAUCUCCGUCCACUGUAUGCACGUGCUGGUCAAGUGUAGCCACCUACUGUGUAGAAGGACCAGCAGUAUGGCCCUGGACUACGCUGAUGUCAUGGAGGUCUGUCUCAAGACUGGACCCCCACGGCUCAGGAGGCUGUCCAGGUUUGCCAGAAAUUUUGUGAAUGGCCUGUUGAUAUUCACCCAGCUUGGCUUCUGCUGUGUCUACAUCGUCUUCAUCGCCACAAACGUCUCGCAGGUGAGUCUGGUGAUCAUCAUCCAGUACAUUGUUCAAGGCCUUCCUGAUGUCUCCGCCCGCCCCGCCUUCAGCUCCUUCGCUGAUCUCCCCUUGUUCUUCGGCACUGCCAUUUUUUCUAUCGAGGGCAUCAGUUUGGUUUUGCCGCUAGAGAACAACAUGAGGAAGCCGGAGGACUUCACGGGCUGGUUCGGCGUGCUAAAUCUGGGGAUGGUGACCACCGUGUGUAUGUACCUGGCCGUCGGCUUCUACGGAUACCUCCAGUUUGGCAACACGGUGCUGGGGAGUGUCACUCUGAAUCUGCCGGAUAAUAACUGGUUGUAUCUAUCGGUCAAGCUGAUGUUUGCCCUGGCCAUCUUCAUCUCGUACAACCUGCAGUUCUACGUUCCGGUCAAUAUCAUGUGGCCCGUACUCAAGCAACGGUUUCGCAACCGCUGGAUUCGGAAGUACGGGGAGUUCCCCUUCCGGAUCUUUCUGGUUAUUAUCACCUUCGGUUUUGCGGCGGUGAUACCCCACCUGGAUCUUCUGAUCUCCCUGAUUGGAGCCUUCGCUAGUACCUCGCUAGCUCUCAUCCUGCCCGCCACCAUCGAAAUUCUCACCCAGUUGGGCGAGGGGGAGCGUCUGCCGUUCUAUUUAUGGCUCAAGAACGGUCUCAUCUUUCUUUUCGGGAUCAUCGGGUUUUUCACGGGAACCUAUUCGGCGUUGCAGGAGAUCAUCAAGAAGUUCUGAGUGAUAGCACUGUUGGGUUUUGUGAACGUAGCUGCGUUUCAUUUCGCAAAGACUCGCUCCAUUUGGGCUGGUCCAGAGCGACUUACAUGGAGAGCCUAAACAGACGGGUAAUAGGGAAAGAUCAGGGCAAUGUUGCUUUUUUCGAAAGCGUCCGAGCAAAGGAAUGAAUGGCAAACCGUGAUCGUAGAUGACUAUCUGUCGCUGAUGUCUGUCGCAGAUGUCUGUCGCAGAUGUCUGUCAGUGGAUGAUGAUGAGCUGCUUCACGCUGAGACACGCGCUGUUGUGAGGUGUACUGCUUUCUCAGUCAGCAUCAUGCUGGUCUACAGAACGGAUGGCCGUCCCUGGUUCAAAUCCUCAACUGGACAUCAGCUGAACCUGGGGUUGUAUUGGGGAGUUUUUAAGGAUCUUCACUCUUUCGGAUUUGUCUUAUAUCGGAGAUCAUAUUGGGAGUUUAUUAUGCGUUCCACCUGUUUGGAUUGGUCCUAUCUGAGAUGGACGUUCAAUUUGGAGGUACCAUACCUUAAGUAACCUUACAGUACAGUGUUGAGACGGGCAUUUCCUUACAGUGUUGAGAUUUUUAUUGACUAUCUCAUGUCCCUCUCAGCCUGUGCUAGUCCCUAAAUGAUCUAAAUUGUGUCAAUAGUUAUGUAAAAACACCUGUAUCUUUUAAUUAAUUUAACUGAGUCGAUAGCAACGACAUUUAAUUGAUUUACUGACAUUUAAUUGAUUUACUGCGCCAGGCCCGAUAAGUCUGUUGCAGUCACUCUCCUGGCUGGGUGACCACAUGGGGUAUUUUUUACUGCUGGCUGUGUGACUGCAAAGUGUUAAAAAUGACAACAACAAAAUUAAGCACCCUUUGUGCAGUUCUGUCGUGUCUGAAAUCCAGCGUGUGUUAUUUGAGAGCUAGUGGUGUGUACCCUUAUGUGGGUCAGGCGUGUGUGGGAGAGAGAGCGUGCCUGCCACAGCGUGUAUGAUGAUACACAAAGCGAGGGUAAAUGUCGCACCACGGUAAGGGUGAUGGUCACUAUGGUAGUCUGUGUGACAGGUCGACAUGUAGCUACCAACCUGUACGUAAAAGACGUAUAUUUGUUAGGCAUAGUGAUAUGAGGCACUUGUUAGAAUAAUGAGAUGGAAGAAACCGACCUUUUCAGACCUUUUGGGAAAUUUUUAUUGGA